CAGCUCUACUGCCAUGGCAAACGCUUUUGUCCACUAUCAGAUGAAUAAAGUUGUAUGUUUGUAUGUUGUGUGAUGUUUAGUGCUGUGUUUUGCAGGUCCUCUCUCAGUGACCGAGGGACCGAGAUGCCCAAACCGGACCUGCUCUGUUUGGUUCAGCUGCUGGACGGCAACAUUCAACCCUUCAGACUCAGCAAGCAGGAUGAAGGAGCGGUUCUGUUGGACCAGGUGUGUGACCAUCUGAGCCUGGAGGAGAAGCAGCUCUUCAGUCUGCAGAUCAGAGAGACCAACUCCAUCACGGCCACUGCUCCGUCCCCGAGGUGGAUAGAGCCCGAGAAGCCUUUGAAGAAACAGAUCAAAGGUCUUCAAUUACCGUUUUAUUUAAACUUCAGAGUGCGAUUCUUCAUCUCAGACCCAAACUCUCUGCAGCAUGAACAGACAAGGCACUUGUACUUCCUCCAAAUCAGAAGUGACAUCAGAGAAGGAAGGUUGAAGUGCCCAUUAAAUGCUGCUGUGGUACUGGCCUCUUAUGAUGUUCAGUCUGAACUUGGUGACCACUCUCCCUCUCUUGUCCCGGGUUACCUCUCAAAGUGCCAUUUUAUCCCUGAACAAGAUGAAGACUUCCUGUCCAAAGUGGAAGACCUACAUCCACAGCACAAGGGCCUGAAGCAGAGCGAAGCUGAACUAUGUUUCCUGAACACAGCUCGAACACUUGAACUGUAUGGAGUUGAGCUACAUGCCGCAAUGGACUCUAACAAUGCCCCUCUGAUGGUGGGUUUGGCCUCGAGUGGAGUGGCAAUUUUCUGUAACACAGUUUGCUCCAGUUUCUUCCCCUGGGGGAAUAUCAUCAAGAUUUCUUUUAAAAGAAAACGAUUCCUAAUACAUCUUAAACGCAAACAUGGAGAGACCCAGGACUGCGUGGUGUCUUUGGAUCUUCCUUGUCCCAAAAGCUGUAAAAACCUGUGGAGAUCCUGUGUGGACCAUCACACUUUCUUCAGCUCUAAUCGCACAGUGAAGAGCCCCAAACACAGCAACACCAUUCAGACCUACAAGAAACUCAUCACAGAGCACCUCGGCCUGGGGAACAACAAGACCGACAGCAGUGGUCCUGUGUGUCAGCGCGUUAUGGGGGGCAUGGUUUGGAAUCCAGUCCUACGUCGGUCACUUUCAUCUGAGCACCUGGAGACAAAGAGCCUUCCCUCCAGAUCCCCUCCUUCUACCCCAAACUGGAGGAGCCCAAGAGUUCGCCAUGGCCUGUCCAAACCACGGCCCUCGUCUGUGGAGUUGUCCGGUGAUCUGAAGGAGAUGUCCGAGGGAGAGGAUGUUUUUUACACGUACAGAGCGUCCGUAAGCAGCAGAGACAGCGAAGGGGACGGGUCUACACAUCUACAAAAUGAAUCUUUGAACGACGACAGCAUUGGAGAGGAGGAUGGUGAUCACAGCUUAAACCACAACAAUAACAAUGCUCCGGGCGAUGGAGACCUGCUACUGUUAAGAAUAACUCCAGAUCACGAGGGAAAGUUUGGUUUCAAUGUUAAAGGUGGAGUGGACCAGAAGAUGCCCCUUGCCAUUUCUCAUGUGAAGCCAGACUCUCCUGCAGGGAAGUGUGAGCCCAAACUUCUUGAAGGGGAUCUGGUGGUCCUCAUAAAUGGUCGGGACAUCUCUGAACACACCCACGACCAGGUGGUCAUGUUCAUCAGAGCCAGCAGAGAGUCACACUCCAGAGAGCUGGCUCUGCUCGUCAAACGGAAAGGAGCCACUCGUACACUCCCCCAGCUGCAGCCCCCCACCCUCAUUCUAACGGGACAUUCACAGGGGGACAAGGCCCCCUCCCCUGUCCAGUCAGAGCCGGUCACCACACUGGAGGAGUCCAUGAGACAGCUGGAGAAAGGGAUUCAGUCUGGCACCCUCUGCUUCCACUUUGAGAAUUUAUACAAGAGGAAGCCUGGUCUGUCGCUAAGCUGCGCCCGGCUUUCAGAAAACAUGGAAAAGAAUCGUUACAGAGACGUUUUACCAUAUGAUGAUUCAAGAGUUGUUCUUCAAGGCCAAGAAGAUUACAUUAAUGCCAGCCACAUAACAGUGGCGCCCCCUAUGUCUGGUGUUUGUUUACGUUAUGUGGCUGCUCAGGGACCGCUGCCUCAGACCUGCUCUCACUUUUGGCAAAGCGUUUGGGAGCAGAAGGCACACACCGUCAUCAUGCUAACCACUCUGACAGAGAGGGGACGGACGAAGUGCCACCAAUACUGGCCUCACCCUCCUCAAGUGAAGAGCUAUGGGCACAUGCAGGUGAAAUGCCAUUCGGAGGAGUGUAACCUGGCAUAUGUGACCAGACAGUUCACCCUCACAGACACUAAGCUGGGAGAGGAGCGGGCAGUCACACAUCUGCAGUACGUGGCCUGGCCGGACCAUGGCGUUCCUGACGACCCCUCGGACUUCCUGCUCUUUGUCAGCUCAGUGAGGGAGAGGAGGAAAGGGGAUGAGCCACUCAUGGUUCAUUGCAGCGCUGGGAUUGGACGGACAGGUGUGCUAAUCACCAUGGAAACGGGUCUGGCGCUCUUGGAUCAGGGUCGUCCAGUGUUUCCAUUGGAGAUUGUGAAAACUCUGAGGGACCAGCGAGCCAUGAUGGUUCAGACCACGUGUCAAUUCCAGUUUGUAUGCGAGGCCAUUUUGCGUGUCUACAAGGAGAAACACGAGGGGUCUUCUGCUCCAAAGUCUUAAUCACCAAGAGACCGUAAAAACCAUGCAUUUUCUUCUAGUCACGCACACGCUGACUCCCACUGAAGCAGUCCCCCUCCAGGAUCGGUACUCGGCCUGCAUGAUAAUAAGUGCAGAACUGUCCUAAGAGAUCAGCUGUGGUGAAACGUCAACAUUACCACGCUAUGAUACACCUAGUUGGCCUUUCGUUUCUGCUGAUCAUGCAAGAAGCUGGUACGACCGUCGUCUCCAUAGUGACUGAUGUGUAAGACUUGUUGUGAGAGCUGAUUUCUGUGCGAGAGGCCACUCAGCGAUGCUUCCACUUAUGAGAAUUAGCGUGCCUUAGACUGAUGGCUCCCAGUCGCUGCAUCAAACCUGGCGGCAGAGCAAAACAAAGAUGAUAUGUGGUUCUUCUCUGCCGUGCCAACAGUAACCGUGGUGACAGGAUUUUGAUCGGUACGUUAGAUAAAGCUCAGAGGAGCAGCACACACUGUAAACAAGUUUAAAUUAUUAACACAAUAAACACUGAUUUUAUGAUUUUUA